AUAGAAUCGCUAUCAGUUUAUUGCUUGACUUUCUAUCAACCAACUUUCUUACUUCUUCUAACCCACUCACACAUUUUUGAAAACAACGACAACAUGAAAGUAUCAACAACUUGCACCUUACCUCCAUUGGCCGAUUUGCUCAAUCCUCCACGCAAACCCACAACCAUGCCACUUGAGGUCCACAGCUUGCUGCCACCUGUGUCAAGCCCACCAGCAUAUCAUCCAUACCACCAUCAUCACGCACCUACUAGCGCCGCUGCCUACCGCCCUUCGUACUCGCAGACACCUUUGAAAGCCAAGCGCAAACGCGCGUCACCUUCACAGCUUUCUGUCUUGAAUCACAUCUUUAGCCAAACCUACUUUCCCUCGACCGAGCUUCGCAUCGAGCUUGGUAAGCAGCUUGGCAUGAGUCCGCGGGCGGUCCAAAUCUGGUUCCAAAACAAGCGCCAGUCGUUGCGAACACGCGAACGACAACAGCAGCAACAACAGGUUAGAAAGCCUUCUUCCGCUAGUCCAACAUCGCCUUUGCACCACUUUCACCCCCAUCCUCAUCAGCAGCAUCAGCAGCAGCAGCAACAAUUGCACCCCUGCUACGGCUCACCAGCAUCAUCAACCGGUUCUACUCUCCCUCCAAUUUCUCCACCCUUGUCACCUCCUUCAUGGCAGCAUCAGCAACAGCACCACUACCACCACCAUAGUCAGCGGGAGCAGCAGUAUCACUACGAUUCCUGUUCUUCUUCUCGGCCCUCCCACAUCGCUUUGCCGCCCCUUCAGCUUCCUUCUACCCCAUCACAGUCGGCAUACCCUAGCCCCACAUCUAUCGAUUCGAUCAUCCUCCACUAAUCAUUAGAAUCUUAUUGAGCAGUGCCGAUUUCUUUAUCUUCCAAUCUUCUUCUCUAUUUGUCUUCGUUUUUGUGUAUAGUUUCUUUAUGUCCUUUUCAUUCAUUUUCUACUUUAUCUUUUGCUCGCCUGCAAAACAAAAAUCGUUAACCCUUACCCCGAAAAAAAGGAUUCCCCUUAUCUUUUUCUUCUAAUCCACUCCUCUUCUCCCCAAACCCGAUUCAACAAACAUACGUU